UCACAAGAGGACAUGAUGGAUAUUGUCUAUAGCACUUAUUUAUUUGUCUUUCUUUCAUGCAAAGUGGUGUGUGAUGACGCAUCUCCCUGGACCAUUGACUUGCCAUCUUCAGUCCGAGGACUCCCUGGAUCUUGUGUGGUCAUUCCGUGCUCAUUCAACUUUCCAAGUCCAAGAACGCCAGUCAGGGAAUUCACUGGGCUUUGGUACAAUGAAGGAAAUCACCUGGUGUACCACUCUGCUGGAAAAGCAGUAUUACGGGAGUACAACGGUCGAACGGAGAUGUUGGGUGACGUAGGAGCCAAGAACUGCUCCUUAAAUAUUGACCCUCUUCGACAAAGCGACAAAGGGCCUUUUCAUUUCAGGAUCGAAAUGCAAGACUUUCAAAUGUUUUCUUACACUGGCAACACUGUUUCCAUCCAAAUGAUACGUGACCUAAGACCUGUCAGUAUGACUGUGAAGGAAGAAACGGACAAUAACAACAUGAUUGCAUCCUGUUCUGUCACACACUCAUGCCCCGCAUCUCCCCCGGUCUUCUCCUGGAGUCACUCUGGACAACAACAAUAUGGAGCACAAGUGUUGACCAAUGGUCAAUGGAAAGCUACUUCCACCUUGACUUUUACUCCCCAUGCAAACAACAAGGACAAGCAUGUGGAAUGUUCUGUGACAUACAAGGGAGGACAGCAACAGAAAGAAUCCCGCCCCCUAAACAUCAAAUAUGCACCUGUGGAUGUCAAAGUUGAAUACAAAGUGGACGUCAAGGAGGGAGAGGACGUGCGCCUGAAAUGCAGCUGUGACGCGAACCCUCCUGCCAACAGCUACGAGUGGCACGACGACCUGGGUGCUCGCCUGUACAGAGGGCCCUCCUUCAAUCUGCUUAAUGUGUCCAGACACACAGGCGUCCUUUACUGUACUGCCAUCAACAUCAUGGGGAAAACUCAAUCAGGGCCAUUGCAGCUUGAUGUGGCAUAUUCCCCUGAUAUUAAAGCGUCUUCCUGUUCCUCAGAGCGAAAUAUGGUCAAGUGUGUGUGCAUUGCAGAGUCCAACCCCCCCAGCAGUGUCCACUUUCUGCUUCCCAACGGCACCGCUCUACCAGAACCCGAAGUAGAGAUACAAAAGCCACUUACCAACGCGACUCUGCAGACACUUUUGCCUUCCUUUGGCUUGGUCUACUGUGUGGUGAAGAACAGAGUAGGCAGUGCGAGCGUCAACAUCACUUUAGCUGGAAAAAUGCCAGAUCUUUAUAUUUAUAUUAUCAGUGCAGCUGGAGCAGUUGGGGUGAUGAUGGUGAUAAUUGUCAUAAUAGUGAUGGCAAAAAAAUGGUGCAUGUCUUUGGAGGUGGGAGGAAGCCGGAGUACACAGAGGGAACCCACGCAGUCACGGGGAGGACAUGCAAACUCCACACAGAAAGAUCCAGAGAGGCAAAGUUCAAAACAUACUUCACCUCAUGGGCGAACAAGCAACAUAUCUGCUACGGAGGCCCAGAAAACUGUGGCUCCCCUUCAAACUGUCACAAAAGGAGCAAGGAAAAAGGCGUCGUGCUGUCAGACAAGCAUGUACAGUGAUCAUACCUAUGGAAACUUGGGAGAGGUUAAGUGGACUGCAGACUGCAAUGCAAUUUACGCCAACCUGUAAAAUGGACCCUUGAGUAUGAUGUCAUUAUUAUCAUUAAAACAUUAUUUUGUGCAAAUAUAUUAUUUUUGUCUUACGUUCCCAAUUAAAGGGGAACUUAUUUACCUCUAUAUACCUAUUUUUGUGUAUUUGAAAUCUGCAUAAGUGACGAAAAGGUGAAAUCAAACCAUACAGGCAUGGCAGGGAUUUUUAUAAAACAACCUUGUCUUCCUUCAUACUUCCUCCAAACGAGCAGUUU